AUGGAUCAACGCAGUACUUCUAAUGAUGGCCGAGCCCAGACCACAUACAUGGAUGCUGAUUUGUACACGGCUGCAUCGAAAGGCAACAUCAGCAAGCUGGAGCAGCUAGAAGCUUGUGAUCUUGGCCGCCAACGGACCCCCAAAAGUAACACUAUCCUUCAUAUUGCAGCUCAAUUCGGUCAACUGGACUGUGUUAAACGGAUCCUUGAAUUGACUUCAUUUUCAUCUCUACUGAAGAUAAAUUUGAAAGGAGACACCCCACUUCACCUUGCAGCAAGAGAAGGGCAUUUGACAGUCGUCGAAGCUCUAAUUCAAGCUGCAAAACCUCCCAAUGAGAUUGAAAGUGGGGUGGGAGUAGAUAAGACCAUUCUGAGGAUGGCCAAUAAGGAGGGAGACACAGCCUUGCAUGAAGCAGUGAGGUAUCAUCACCCUGAGGUGGUGAAAUUAUUGAUUAAGGAAGACCCUCAGUUUACCUAUGGUCCUAAUAUUUCUGGUGGAACGCCUAUUCACAUGGCGGUGGAGCGAGGACAUGUAGACUUGGUGCAAAUAAUCAUAGAAAACACUAGGACUUCACCAGCUUACAGUGGCAUCUUGGGAAGAACUGCUUUGCAUGCUGCUGUAAUUCGCAACGACCAAGAAAUAACAACCAAGUUGUUGGAAUGGAAGCCAUCUCUAACCGAAGAAGUGGACCAAAAUGGGUGGUCUCCCCUUCACUGUGCUGCCUACUUUGGUUAUACCACGAUUGUGAGGCAAUUACUAAACAAAUCAGUUAAAUCUGUAGCUUACCUCGGAAUCAAACCUGGCAUGCAAACCGCCCUUCACCUUGCAGCUAUCCGUGGCCAUAAAGACAUAGUAGAUCUGCUGCUGUCUUACUAUCCAGAUUGUUGCGAGCAGGUUGAUGAUAACGGCAAAAAUGUUCUUCACUUUGCCAUGAUGAGAAAGCAAGAUUAUUAUCCUAGGAUGUUUUUACAAAAUGAUGGAUUAAGAGUGAGAGGACUUUUAAAUGAGAGAGAUGCUCAAGGAGACACACCCCUCCACCUGCUUGCUUCUUACCUAAUUGAUGAUGAAAAUUUUGUAUUGGACGAUAAAGUGGAUAAGAUGGGGCUCAACAAUGAAAACUUAACCCCCAAGGACAUGGUUUCAAGAGCCACCGACAAUGGGCUGCAAAAGAAAUUAGUCAUGGCUUGCUUCAACACAAGUAAGGAAGCGGGUAUUGGACCUUUAAGUUGGGUGCCGAGGGACAGAGAGGUCCCAAGGGACAAAGAGGUCACGAGGGACAGAGAAGACAAAGGUAGUAGUGGAAGCAAUUCCAUCUCUACCUUGAAGAAAGUAGGUGAAACUCAUUUAAUUGUGACAGCACUGGUAGCAACUGUAACCUUUGCAGCUGGCUUCACCUUGCCUGGUGGUUACAAUGAAAAUGAUGGCCUGGCAACCCUAGGAAAGAAAGAAGCUUUCAAAGCAUUUGUUGUCGCGGAUACUUUAGCCAUGGUUUCUUCUGUAUCCGCUGCAUUUGUUUACUUUUUUAUGGCUGGGUAUGAAAAAGAGGAGCUUCUCCACAAACACUUACCUUGGGGCUUUUUUCUCACCAUGUUUAGCAUGGGAGCAAUGGUGGUGGCAUUCAUGACUGGCAUGUACGCUGUGCUACCACGUUUCUCUUGGCUUCCCAUCCCUGUUUGUGUCCUCUGCUGCUGCUUUUUCCUCGUCUUCUAUCAUUGCUACCACCAUGGUGCAGCUGAAGAUGGUAGCCAAGCUGAGAUCGCAUGCAUGGAUGAUACUUUGUACAAGGCCGCAGCAGAAGGCCACGCCAAUGAAGAUAAACAUCUCUCUUCCUUAAGAAGGCAGGUUUCACCUUGCCUGGUGGUUAUCGCGACAAAGAAAGCAUCUUUCAAAGCAUUUGUUGCGUCAGAUACCAUAGCGAUGAUCCUCUCAGUAGGUGCUCUAUGGUUCUAUUUUCUUAUGGCAACGGCCUUUCAUUUGGGUGGGAAAGUGCAUGGACGCUUCUUUCUAUGUGGCUAUAUUCUCAUCGUGUUUGGGAUGGAAGCAAUGGUGGUAGCAUUCAUGACUGGGUUGUAUGCUGUACUACCACCUGCCUUUGGACUCCCAAUUCUCGCUUCUUGUUGUGCCAUCUGCUGCUGCAGCUAUUUCCUUGCUGGUUAUGUUGUAUCUAAAAGAGGGUGA